AUGCUUUACAUCCAUCACACCCAGACGGUGAAGCCUAGCAGUCGCUUCUACGGCAUGUUCGCUAUUCUCGGCGUCAUCUUCCUCGCAUUGUCUGCCUACCAAGCCACGAAAGAUAGCGAUUGGACAGGUCCAAGUGUUGAAUCCCAAGCAAUUUCAUCUGUCCCACGUCAAUCUGAAAAAACUCCUGUAAACAUUGGAUUUCCGUUUGGUAAUGCCGAUGCAAAUCUAACAUUUUCCGAAAAUGACUUGCGCAAGAGAGUCGAUUUCUGCCGCCAACAGAUUACCACCUUUUACAUUUUUGAAAACCCUAAAGGCCGAAUGUUGAUGGGAUCAUACAAUGUCAGCCCCUACUCCAACUUGCAUGGUCAAGAGAACAUCACCAUUGGGACAAACACGAACGUCGCAUGGUGGCAGCGACUUCCUGAUCUACAAAAAUGGUCACAGGUUGCGGGGAUCGUAUGGAGUCAAGUCGCGGGCAACGACGCCCGCUCCCUGAAAUACACCUUCAAGCAAGGAAUUGCGACUCCUGCAACUCAGCAGAUUAUGAUUGAGGCUGCGAGGCGACAACCCAUCACCAUGCCUGAUCCUCAUGGCUUUGUGUUUGACCAAGCGUGGCCUGGCGACACAUUCCCCGCAGGAUCCGAUACUUACGCAGCUCUGAUGGGCACACCACGUGGAGUCGGUAUCGUGUAUCUCUUGAUCGGCCAUCCAGACCAAUUUGGCAGCAAAACCGUGGAAUCCGUUAUGAUUUUCACAAUCGCAGCACAGACACCGCCAUAUCAUCUCCUUUUCACACUCACAGACUAG